AGCAGGGAACAAAGAGCUGGGGGCCCCUAUUCUCUGUGCUGCAGCUUCAUUUUCACUCCCGUCAGUCUGUGAUUCUUCCAUACCUUCUUUCUUGUGUACAUGUAAGUGUGUGUGUGUGUGUGUGUGUGUGUGUGUGUGUGUUUAUGUUUAUAUGAGCUGCUUGUUGUGCGGACAAGUAUCCCCUCCUCUUCCUGUUAGCAUUCUGCAUGGCAGAUUCCCCUAAUGUAAUAACUGUGUCUGCAUGUCUAAUUUACAGCAGGAGAGAGUAAAUAGCCUGUGGUUAAUUACAGUACGUGUGUGUGUAUAUGUGUGUGUGUCUAUAUGUCUACUUGCGCGUGGGUGUGUCAGGAUGAUUUAUGAGUUGUAAAUAGCUACACCAGUGCCCCGUUUCUCCUCACUUAGUUUUUAAUCUGUCUUUCCAUUAAUUUUCCUGGAGAUGUUAUUAUGGUUUUAUAACAGGAUGCUCGUGUGAACGCGCGUCAGCCUUAAUGAGAUGGCGGUGAGGACAUUUUGUGUGUGUAUCGUGGACACCUGGGCUAUACUUCUACCUUCCCCUUCCGUCCAUUUCCUUACUUCUGGUGCUUCAUUCACUCUCUUCAUUGAGACCCACAAUGAACACAGAUCUUUAUUGACAGUACACGGUAGAACAUGGAAACAGCGGGUCAAUCCGUUUAGCCCAAGGGCCGAUACACCAAUUCACCAAUUUGUCAGUGUUAGUUUGAGGGAGAAAAGCAGCUAAUCUCUCCUCUCUGCUCUCUAUUGAUCACACACUUAGACUCCACUUCUCUGUCUAAACACUAUUGAUUCUCCCUCUCUCUCAAUCUCUUUCUCUUCUUCCUCUUUUUCUGUAUUGCUCUCCGCACAUACCAGAGCUCUCAACGCAUCCUCCCUUCAUGCACUCUGGCUACUUUCCAUGUCGUACUCAGAACAGCUGAGACAGGAGGCCCUUGUUUUUGAAGUCACAUUUUCAGAGCUUUACAGUUUGGCCCAAAUCACAGUCCACCCCCGCUGCGAACAUUCAAAAAUCCUGUUUGUGGUCUCAUUAAAAAAAUCAAUUACUUAGCACACCCCUUUAACAGCAGGAAUUCAGACCAUGAUUAAAAAUUCACUGCUGGGUACAUUGUCUUCUGGCUUUGUUUUAUUCUGUCUCACAUCACAGCAGGCACUUGAAAAGCAACAAACUCCUGUCAAGAUGAAGCAAAGAAAUUAGAGAAUGACUAUCGUAAAGCUGAUGAUCUUUCAAAAGAACCAAGGGUCUCUGUUUGAUUGUUUUUUUUUUUUUUUUUUUUGCUUAUGGGGCCACAGACAUGAAGCAUUUCCACUGACAUGCAAAACCUCUGACAAAAGAAGGCAAAGCCAAGAGGAAGCCUUAGAUCAACUGAAGACGUUGACAUUUCUAAGGCAUUAAUUACAAUUCCAUUGCACAACCUUCUGUCUAAUUAAUGAAAUGUAAACCAGGAAGCUCUUCUGUUAGUCACAUGAUUAAAAACUCACUGGUCUCACUGGGCACGCCUGCUUUGUUUUUAGUUAGAUGUGUGCUCCCCCUAACGGUGCGCUUCUGUUAUUACACACAUUUAGCUUCGUUACAAAACACUGACACGUGGCUUGUGUAACCGCAAAUCAGCUGUUUGGUAACCGGCAGUGACUUUAGCAGGUGGAGAGCAGAAUGCUCAGAUCUUAAACUUUCUCUCAACAUAAUUGUAUCCUCACCUUCUAUUCGAUCAUGCCUUCGGUAGCGGAUGACCUGGCUUUGGUGAGACACAUGUUGAGGGAGGUUCUGGUGGGUCGAGAGGAUCCAGAAGGAUAUUUUGCAAUGUGUUUGUCGAUCCUGGGCCACCAGGAAACCCUCUCACAGUUCGCUUCCAUCAUCAAGCCUCUAUCCACGGCCAACAUCCACCUGCACUCCAUCCUCACCUCCAUCUAUCAGGAAUAUUUCUCUAAGACUGAGGAUGACGAAAUGGAACUUGCUUUGGCUCUCUCGCUUCUGCAAAUGAAAGAUCAACAGAUGGCCACCUCUAACAACGAGCCAACACCUCUGCAGUUUGGAGUCACAGACUGUCCAAGCUGCUUUCAUCAACCGGAUGUGGUUUCUAACCAUCAGGGAAAGAAUUGCCUUGAAGUAACACCUGGCAGAGAAGCAAAUUCGUAUUCGGUUCUAACUGGGACUGAGGAGGGCCAACCACACAUAAACCAAAAGACUGGGCAACACAAAAAUACACAUAUUAACAGUGAUGCUAAGCAAACACCUGAAACAGGUCAAAGUCCUCAAAUCUCAGGGUCAUCUGCCUCCUUUUCCGUACCAGGUAUGUCACAUGAAGGAGACCAUAUUACGGAAGAUUUAAAUACAUCUGACAAACCCAAGCGCUCAAGAAAUAGGCGGCAGCGGAGAAAAGGAACCCACCAACAGCUUGUAGGUUUACCUUGUUCUCCGUCAACGCCACCACCAGUCGUGCUGUGGUUUAGGAGGGAUUUGAGACUGUGUGACAACCCUGCUCUCAUCAGAUCACUGGAACUGGGUGCUCCUGUCAUUCCUGUCUUUAUUUGGAGUCCCAAAGAGGAGGAAGGACCAGGAGUCACAGUAGCUAUGGGAGGAGCUAGUAAAUAUUGGCUUCAUCAGGCUCUGUCUUGUUUGUGUGCAUCCUUGGAGAAGAUUGGCAGCCAUCUUAUCUUCCUCAGAGCCAGUGGAGAGGGGAAUGAGGUUGGAUCUUCUCUGCACGUCCUGAAACAGCUUGUAAAGACGACCGGAGCUCAAACUGUGAUGGCCAACGCCCUGUUUGAACCAUGGCUGAAGGAGCGGGAUGAUGCGGCAGUGGCCGCUCUGCAGAAAGGUGGUGUUGUUUGCAGGAUGUUACAGUCUUACUGUCUCAGAGACCCCUACUCUGUCAGCACGGAGGGCGUGGGACUUCGAGGGAUUGGUUCAGUGUCUCACUUCAUGAGCUGCUGUAGACAGAACCCAGGAUCUCCCAUAGGGGUUCCCCUGGACCCUCCGGUGUCUCUUCCUACACCUGCACACUGGCCACAGGGAGUCCCUUUGGAUGCACUUGGCCUGGCACGCAUGCCUCGCAGAAAGGAUGGCACAACAGUUGAUUGGGCAGCUAACAUUCGUAAGUCCUGGGACUUUAGCGAAAAUGGAGCUCACGCCAGACUGGAUUCCUUUCUCAAUGACGGUGUGUAUCGAUAUGAACAGGAAUCAGGCAGGGCAGAUGCUUCAAACACCAGUGGUUUGUCUCCGUACCUUCACUUUGGUCAGCUCAGUCCACGCUGGUUACUCUGGGAUGCCAAAGGAGCAUGCUGUCGAUCUCCAAAGUUCCAGCGCAAACUUGCAUGGAGAGAUAUGGCUUAUUGGCAGUUAACACUGUUUCCAGACCUGCCCUGGGAGUCCCUCAGACCUCCAUACAAGGCUCUGCGUUGGAGUACUGACCGCGGCCACCUCAAGGCGUGGCAGCAAGGUAAAACUGGCUACCCUCUGGUGGAUGCAGCCAUGAGGCAGCUGUGGCAAACGGGCUGGAUGAACAACUACAUGAGGCAUGUUGUUGCAUCUUUUCUUAUCGCAUAUCUCCAUCUGCCUUGGCAAGAGGGCUAUCGCUGGUUCCAGGACACCCUUGUGGAUGCUGAUGUUGCCAUAGAUGCAAUGAUGUGGCAGAAUGGGGGUAUGUGUGGCUUGGAUCACUGGAACUUUGUCAUGCACCCCAUCGAUGCAGCUAUGACUUGUGAUCCCAACGGAAGCUACGUAAGGAAAUGGUGUCCAGAGCUUUCGGAUCUACCAGAUGAGCUUAUUCACAAACCCUGGAAAUGUCCCGCAUCCAUGCUGCGUCGUGCAGGUAUUGUGUUUGGCCAGACGUAUGCUGAGCGAGUGAUCACCGACCUUGAGGAGCGGAGGACUAGAUCUCUGCAGGACGUAGCUUUGGUGCGCAGAGAGUUUGGGCAGUAUGUGGACAAGCGCUCAGGUUGUGACUUGUUACCUUUGCCCCCCCGCCUGGUUUCGGAGGCUCUGGGCAGGUCGCACAGUGAUGAAGCCGUGGUGAGAGGCGGGAGGCAGUUCCUGCUGCCUUUAAUCACUCGCAUGGAAUUCAAAUACCAGCAGGAAGAGCCAGAGGCAGACGCAGCUUCAAACCCCUACAACGCAACCCUAAAAGGAUAUGUGAGCCGCAGAAGGGAUGAGACGGUUGCCUUUCUAAACGAGAGAGAUUUUAAAACCAGUGUGAUGUACGAGAGCGCCCAGAGACAGGGAAGGCUGGAGAGGGAUUAUCGUAGAAUAGAAGGGCUUCCUUCGUCUCCGUCACCUCGUGGAAGGGCCAGGCGAACCCCUACGGCCAAGGACAGGUUCUCCAUCGUACCCGGUGGAGCAGUUACUUUAUUAAAGUGAACUCAUAAGCCAAGCAUCCAGAGUUCAAAUCUGCACUUUUACUGCUGUGAAAACACAUGUUUUUUUUUUUAUUAAAACGAGUUUACAUAAGGGGUUGAGACUCCUAACCAACCUUAAUAGUUUACAAAACAUGUUUCAAGUAAUACCUCAGGAAGUGUUUUCCACCGGCAUGUAGAAAAACCGCUCAGUUCUAUUCUUGAUUUUGGUGAAGCCAGAACAGACUUGGAGGGCUACAGCAGGUUCUGUAACCAUCAGACGUCACCGUUCUCUGUGGUCGCAAAUCAUUACAUUUUGUUUUCCAAGGCUCAAAUCUUUUAGAGGAAGUGAUUAUCUGUUACAUUCUAGGUCCAGGGUUGUGUGUGAGCACCAGCUGGCUGUGACCCAGUAAAGAACCUCACAUGAUGAACGGUAACGUGUUGCCUACAUUUUUAAGAGUAAGAUUUGGGAAACAAAAUCCAGAGAAAACUGAAAGUGUAAGGAAAUGUUUAUUUUCUAUUAUACAGGUCCCAUAUCCAUAGUUUUGAAUGCCAUAAUUAAUCAUACCAUAAGGAUCAAAGUGCUUGUUUAGGUCUAACAGUGUACUAGAACAGAAUUUUGUGUUUUCCAACCUUUAAAAUGCUUCAGAGCAAAUUCUACUGAGUUUCCUUCUCAUCUGUUUGUGGAUUGGAAGCUGAAAGAAGUCUUGAUUUUGUUUAAUCAGUGCAGACUGAUGGAUCCCUUUACAUCAGCCUUUUAACAGUGGGUAAAUACAUUGUUUUCUAAAGUUCACGACUCUAAAACAAAAGCAGAUCAGCAGCCAGAGGAUGUAAAGAUCAACUGCUGCAAUGUGAUGUAACCGAGGCACAUCUAGUGCAGCUCCCUCACAACGGUGCUGGAAAUGGAGAAGAAGCAUUGCACAUAUUAAGAGAUGAAGGGCUACUCCUCAAUGGAGCGGAUGUAUCUUUCAUAUGCUGGUUCAUCCAUCAGACUGUCAAGCUCAGCAGGAUUAGCAAUUGUCAUCUUCAUCAGCCAGCCUGUGAGGAAAGCCAGGGUUAGCUGGGAUUCAAAGGCAAACAUGCUUGAACUGAUCAGUGACGUGCUGCUGAUGAAGGUCUGUGAGGGCUUUAGUACUUAAGCGAGUUUAAAAAUACAAUCAUAAGGAGAGGCACAAGAAUCUCUGUAGAUGCUUAGCGUGAUGACAUCCACGUGGAUCAGGAGCUGCGGAACCUAGCCUCAGGCUUAAACUGUACUGCCACCUACUGUCCAACCUUGGAACCUGAGAGCUCAUGAAAAUAAAGUUGGGAAACAGAA